AUGGGAUCUUUUCUGCCCUUGUGGAUAGUUAGGAUGAACGAUGAUGAUAGAAUUCCGAUUUUGCGCAAGUGGGUUGCGCAUGGACUGAUGGAAGGCUGGGUGGCUGUUCUAACCUUUCGUGCAAACUCCCGAAACCAAUAUGGAGGUUCAAACGAACAGAUCCAAGAACAACGCAAUGCAGUCUGGCGUGAGACGAGUCUCAUGGCGUCGAAUUGGUGCGCCGGCGCCAGAAAGCCAGAAAAUGAGGUGUGA